UGAUGAUUCCACAAAUUCAAAACGAAAUAAGGGUUAUGGCCCAAACAGUGUGCCAUCGACCUCAACUUACGAGAUUUCUGAUAAAAUGGCACCACAUCAUUCAGAAAUAGUAGUUUCUGCUGGAGGAGUCUCAGGACAAAAACGCAAACUAGAAGGUGAAGAUGAUGAUUCCCCAAGUUCAAAGCGAAAUAAGGGUUAUGAUCCAAAGAACGUGCCAUCGACUUCAACAUACGAGAUUUCUGAUAAAAGUACACCAGAUGAUGCUUCGACUUCAAGGGUAAAAACGAAUAAAACCACAGAUUGUAUACGAGGAACACCGCCAAAAUAUGGCUACAGCAACAUAGAAAUGACUCCACGAAAAAAAAAACUUGUAAAAAAGUUGCAGCGAACACAGUGUUUGUUAUCAUCACUCUCAAAAACAUCCGUCGAUUUGGACAAAUUAGAUUCCGAUUUUCUGAAAAAUGUUAUAUCAGACUCUCUGAAAAAUCAAGCCCGGAAACCUAGAGGCAAGCGAUGGAAUUUAAUGAACAAAAUUUCUGCUUUACAAAUUUUUAAAAGGUCACCCAAGACAUACCGUUUUCUGCAGCAUAUAAUGCCUUUGCCCAGUGUUCGAACAAUUCAACGCUUACUUAAAGCUGUAGAAAUUAAUCCUGGCAUUAAUACCUCAACUCUGAAAAUGUUAAAAGAGAAAGCUUCAACUAUGUUACCAAAUGACAAAAUCUGCGCGUUAUUGUUUGAUGAGAUAUCAUUAAAAAAGCGGCUAAUUUACAAUGAAUGUUCAGAUAAAGUUGAGGGAUAUGUUGACUACGGAUCUGGAGAAUACCGCGGAAGGAAAAACGAGAUAGCAGAUAAAGCUCUAGUCUUUAUGCUUCAAGGAAUUCGCAACAAAUAUAAACAGCCAUUGGCGUUUUAUUUCGUUAAAGGCACUAUUUCCUCAGAAAACUUAUUGAGUAUUAUCAAGGAAAUUAUUGCCACUGUUGAAGAUAUUGGUUUCACAGUCAUCAGUACGGUUUGUGAUCAAGGACCGACAAACUGCGGAGCAUUAACAUUGCUCAAAAAGUUAUCACAUUUACCGUCUACUGCUAACUAUUUUCUUGGCCGACUUUUCGGGAUCUAG